AUGUCCGUUCUCCAAAACGCACUUGUUCUAACAGCUAGGCAAGGCGCCUUCGCUAUCUCACCAAUUUCGAUCCCGACGCCGGAUCGUGGGCAACUACUGAUCAAAGUACAAGCCGCUGCACUAAACCCAGUUGAUUGGAAAGUGCAAGCUAAUGGGAUUAUUGUUACCGACUAUCCCGCAAUUCUGGGAACUGACAUAGCCGGAGUAGUAGAAGAGCUCGGAGAUGGCGUCGAAGGCUUCCGUAAGGGCGACAGGGUUUUGACGCAAGGCUAUUUUCACAACACACACGCUGGUUUCCAACAAUUUACGCUAGCAAAUGCCGACGUCACAGCAAAAAUCCCAUCCCACCUUACCUUCGAACAAGCCGCAACCAUACCCGUCGGACUCGGGACUGCCGCCUUAGGCCUAUACACACAAAACGUUCCUCCCGGAGUAGAUUUCGGCAGUGCACGCCUCAUCCCUCCAUGGGACCCGCUCGGCCGUGGGCGUUAUGUCGGAAAGCCUUUCAUGGUUCUCGGCGCAUCAAGUUCCGUAGGACAAUAUGUACUACAACUGGCUAGGCUUUCUGGUUUCUCCCCAAUCAUCGCAACCGCAUCGUUGCACAACGCAACUCACCUCCAAUCGCUCGGGGCCACGCACGUUCUGGACCGUCAACUCUCUGCGUUUGACCUCCGCACUGAGGUCGCGAAGAUCACGUCGAAGCCAUUUGACGUCAUAUUCGAUGCAGUCUCCCUUCCCGCGACACAGAAUGCAGCCUAUGAAAUUCUCGCCUACGGCGGCUGUUUGAUAGUCGUACUGUACCCCCGCAUUAAUAUCAAUCCAUCUACACAGGCGCCAGGCAGAGAAAAACGUGUAGAGAAAGCAUUUGGACAAGUGAAUUUCCCGCCCGAAAAUCGCGCUGUUGGUGCAACCCUAUAUCGGAAUCUGACGGCGCUGCUAGAAGAAGGCUUGAUACGACCAAAUCGAGUGGAAAUUCUCCCUGGAGGACUGGCAGCAGCCGUCGCUGGGCUAGAUCGAUUGCGGAACGGGACAGUCAGUGGGGUAAAGCUGGUCCUGCGGCCCCAAGAGACGACUUGA